CCUGGCAGGCUGUCAGGAUGAUGCAGCAGAUUCUUCAGGAUAUGUAUAUAGAACCUGAGCUGUUGUCUGAACUCCACGAAGAACAGAAACAGAUCCUCUUCUAUAAGAUUCGGGAGGAGCAGGUGCGGCGCUGGAACGAGAGGGAGAGAAGAGACCCCAGCCAUGCUUUGAAAAAAAAGAGCAUUCAGUGGCUUCUGGGCUCAGAUGGAGAGGUUUGGGUAUGGGCAAUGGGGGAGGCCCCAGGGGACAAGCUCUUUGAAGACAUUGUGGAAGAACUGAUGGAGGAGAGAGCAAGGAAGCAGGCCCAGCAAGAGACACAGGAACUCCGGCGUGUGAAGGAGGCAGAGAUUGAAAAGAAGUUUCGAGAUGCCAUGGCGAAGGAAAAGGCUCGAUUCGUGGCAGAAAAAUGGAAGGAGGAGACAGAUGACAGAAAGGCAGCCAAGCAGGAAGCAGAGGAAGAUCGCAUUAGAGAGGAACUGAAGAAAUGUGAGGAGGAAGAGAGACAGCGAGGCGAAGAAGAAAUCCACCAAACGGAGGAGAGAAGAGCAAAGGAGCUGUACAUCUCUCUGAAGCAGGAGGAAAAGAGGAGCGAGAGAGAUGACAAAGAAUGGCAGGAACAAUUGCAACGCUCCAAGACGGCGGAUGAGGAGAUAAAGUGCAAGGCACGACGGGCUAGAGAUGAAUAUAAGCGCCAGUCUCUGCGGGACAUCCAGAAGGGCCUGGUGGCUGGACUUAGUGGCCUGUUUCAUAAGAUACACCUGAACAGAUCUGGUCACAUCCGACAGCACGGCGAGGUCACUGAAUAUCUGACCCCUCCAGGACUAUCACAAUACUGUCUUCCAUUGCCUUUCAGCCCAGUUUGGAUUCAUCCACCCAGACCGAACUCUCGUGAGUCCAUUAUCCGCUGGUUUAAAGAGGAGCAGAGACCAAGACGAGCUGGAUAUGAGCGAAGUAGCAACACCAUCGCACCCUGGUUCCACGGAAUAAUAUCACGGCAGGAUUCAGAGGCUUUGCUAGUGAAUGCGGCAGAUGGCUGUUUCUUGGUCAGAGUGAGCGAACGGAUCUGGGGCUACACGCUGUCCUACCGCACCACCUCAGGCUUUAAGCACUUCCUCAUUGACGCAUCGGGUGAUUUUUACAGCUUCCUAGGUGUAGACCAGAACCGUCACGCCACCUUAGCUGACCUCAUUGACUUCCAUAAGGAGGAAGUGAUCACCACGUCUUCUGGAGAACUACUCCAGCUCCCCUGCAAGCAGAGAAGCUCAACAGCUGACUAUGGAGGGCUUUUUGAGUGAUGGUUUCCCUUGUUGUGAAAUUCAAUUUGGCUACCAUAUCUCUUGCCUUCACAUCCUUUCAACAGCACGGCGCAGCUUUUAUUUGUAGUCUGCCAAGCUUCUUCUGUGAAAUGUAAAUUUGCUUAGCAGGUUUAAAAUGUGGGUGAUAAAAAAAUGAUGCGGUCACAUUACACUUUAACCAUGCAGAAUUAAUUUGGACUCCAACGGGAGAAUAUAGGCAAAGGGAAAUGAUGUA